AUGAGAUGGUCUCGCAGAUGGUUGCGCUAUCUAACUGUUACGUGUCUGGCCAUCAUUUUGACAGUGUUUCUACUGCUAUCGGUGCUUACCGACGACACCAUCAUAUGCUUAAAUUGUGGUGUCAACAACAACAACAACGGUGCGGCCAACGAGGCCCUAGGCAUCGGCCCUACCCGUCCAGGCAUUGUCGGCGGUAGCACUGGCCUACCCGAUAAUAGACUAUUAGAUAUAUUAGAUUUUAAGUUUAUACACAAUGGUUCCCAUUUGUGUGGUCAUCAUCAUCAUCGACCAUCAUCUCUACCAUCAUCAACAACAUCAUCAUCAUUGCUAAGUGAACAGCCGUUUUUGGUGACAUUAGUUCAUUCAUCGCCGAAAAACUUUGCCAAACGCCAGAUAAUUAGGCGGACCUGGGGUUCAGUCAGGGAUGUAAACGGUAACAAAGUGCUGCUGGUAUUCAUAUUAGGUGUGAGCCCCCCAACCAAGCACAGUGACAAUGCUAUCAACAAUAAUAACACCGUAGCUAAUGGUGUCGACACAACCGACAAAAAAUUGUUGGACAAUGAGCUCAGAGAGCAUAACGAUAUAGUUGUCGGCAAUUUUUUGGAUACCUAUAGAAAUCUAACACUGAAACACUUGACUGGCUAUAAAUGGAUACUUAGAUAUUGUAAUCAAACAAAAUUCAUAAUGAAAUCGGAUGACGACUCCUUUAUUGAUAUCUACCGUUCCGUUCAGGUACUCAUCGAUACGUUUUAUACAUCCAGCCCAACCUCCUCAUCAUCAGCUAACAGUGCUAAUAAUAAUCUUAUAGACAAUCAUUUACCGAGAAAUAUAAUCGCCUGUUCACUAUUCCCGACGGGUACCCAACCUAAACGUUCGGGUAAAUGGUCGCUAACCUAUCAGGAGUAUCCCUAUCGUACGUUUCCGGCCUAUUGUUCAGGUGUAGCCUAUUUCCUGACCACCGAUAUAGUGUACGAUAUAUACGAAGCCGCGCAUCAAAUCCGACCAGUCCUACCCAUAGAUGAUCUGUACAUUACGGGCAUAGUUGCCGCCUAUCUUAACAUCAAUCAUUAUCCAUUGAAUUUUAAGUAUCUAUACGAUCAUAAAAAAUUAAGACAAUGGUUAUAUCAAUCGGACAUCAAUUAUGAAUCUAACAGUCCUCAGCUAGCCGUAGGUACCGGUGCUGAUGGUCGAGCAGUUAGACUGUUGCCAAAACAAAAUGCUUAUUAUUAUAUGAUUGCCGAUAUAGGGGAUGUCCCCGAUUGGCAGCACCUAAUGUUAAGCUUAUGGACUAAAACCAAAAAGUUUUAUCAGAUAUGA